UUUUGCCUGUCUUAUUUGUCGCGUUGGGGACGUCUUUCAUUUCGGUUUCCCACUUGACGUGUUUUGUUGUCGUGGAAUAAGGUUUCUUGCUGAUGACUCUAUCCGUGGAAAAUCUAACGUUUGUGUAAACCAAAAGUCUUUUUUGGCCUAAAAUAUUAAUUGUGGGAACAACUGAUCAAUGUUUGGUUAAGGUAAUCGGUUGAUAGCGCCUUCAAUUGUUAGUCAGCAAUAACUAGGCCCUACUUCUCUCCGAGUUCUAAAACGAAUUGGAUGACCAUUGGUGUCUUGCACACGAACAGUCAUCAUGUCUAAAAUGCAAGUGAAUAACAAAUUUGAAGAGCGCAUACUGGCUCGUAUUAAUAAUGAAAUUGGCAGCGACUUUAAGAAACUCCACAGAGCCUCCCUUUUGGUUGAUGAAUACAAGUCUCGUUUAGAAACUUUGCGGGAAAAGCUUAGCUAUGAAGAGCCGAAUAAUAUCUCCAGUUUCAAAUCUGCCUUUGAAUGUGAACAACAUACUUGUGAUACCAUAGACUUCCAAAUGGCCAAACUACAAGAGUUUGGCAAAAAGCUCGUAGAACGCAUUUCUGAAUCCAAUAAAGCAUUGAAUGCUGUCAAACCGGAUUUGGAGCAAGUCAGAAAAUUGCAACAAUUGGUUCAAUAUUUGCGUAUAGUUCAGGAUAUACAAGAAAUUAGUAACGCUCUUACGCAGUGUAUAAAUGGCAAAGAUGAAUCUAAAAUGAUAAAUCUCUACUUAAAUUUAUACGAAGAAGGAGAUUAUGAUCACAGCGUUGUCGGACGUCUUACCAGUGUCGAAGCUCCAUUCCUCAAAACAUUUGCCACUCAAACUGCAAUUCACUGGCACAGCUUGCUAAAGGAGAGAUUUUCCAAAGAAUUUGAAAAUGUGCUCAAAUCUUUGAAAUGGGGACAGAAAGAACACGAUUCCUUAUUAAUCAAACCAUCUGCCGAUAACAUUACCAAGGCGCAAUUAUUAGCCGAAUAUCUGUUUUUGUUAAAAUCACCAGCUGAAGAAACUGAACAACUGGAAAUGAUAGCUCCCAGCAUUAUUUGUCAACCCUUAUCAACUGUAACUAAGUAUUUAGUAGCACCCUAUAGACAACGAUUUAUGUACCACUUCACAGGUGUGAAACAGACAAAUCGUUUGGAUAAGCCUGAAUGGUUUUAUACGCAAAUCUUAAACUGGGGCAAAGAGACUCACCUGUUUGUUGGAAAAACAUUCCAAACAUCUGCAGUUAAAGCAGGAAAAUUGGACUUCAAUAUCAGGUUGGAAUUUAUGCGUGGUUUAGUUCAAUUGACGAUUGAAAAACUUAUAGCAGACAUUGAGGAAAUAAGUCGAGAUGAAAAUCUUUUCGCACAUUUAUUAGAUGAAACAUUGGCAUUUGAAGCUGAAUUAAGAGAAAAUUUUGGAUAUCCUGCCAGCUUUCCCAGUGCUAUAUGUGUAAUUACCCAACCAGUGUAUUUACUCAAAUGGAUAUCGUUGGAAGAAAGAUUUUGCUCUGAGAAAAUGGAUAUGAUACUGCAAGCCGAAAAUCCCUGGCUACUAAUUGAUCCUAAUAUAUACGAUGAUGAUUUAAAAAUUCCCAAGUGUGCAGAUCAAUUUAUACGUCUGCUAGAGGCCAUAAAGGACCGCUAUUAUUCCUUAAUACAGCCAGGACAUCAAUUACAAUUUUUAAGUUUACAACUCGAAUUGAUAGAUAACUUUCGACGUCGCCUUGUGCAACUUCAUAGUAGUGGCAUGGUGGAGAGUAUCCCCAUAUUGAAUGCUAUUAAUUACAUUAAAAUGGUAUUGAGUGAAUGGGGUGAAAAUGUACACUAUUUGCACUUACAUGCGGCCCUGGUUGGCCCGAAUGCCGAUGAAAUCAAUUCGGUCUUUGAAAAUCCCGUGUCCGAACUUGAACAUUGGACUGAAAAACUAUUGAAGAACUUAGCCACAAAGGCCGUUAAUGAAAUUAAAGCCAAAUCAAUGCCAUACAGACAUGACUGUUGGCCCACCAUGCCAGACCAAAACAAUAAAGAGCCUUUCAUAUUAUCACCAAGUGCCGGAGAAAUGUUCCAAGUGAUGGUCACAGUUUUGCACAAUCUAGAAAGAGAAUUGUCAUCUAAUCUUUUUAAUUUGACUCUGAGAUUAAUAGCACAACAAAUCGAUGCUUAUAUAUUGGACAGUAUGAUUAUGAACACAAAAUUCUCACCUGCUGGAGCAGCCCAAUUUAAUUACGAUAUGACACGUAAUUUAUUUGCAUUAUUUGGUCAAUAUUGUAGGAGGCCAGAUUUAUUGUUCAAGAGAAUCCAUGAUGCCAACAAAUUGUUAAAUUGUGCCCUUGGCACUGCUAUGCUAUUACACGAAACUCUACAAAGCGAAGAAACAUCCUUGGAGGAAAAAAUGAAGUCUUUAAAAGAGUUGGGAAUUGUAAAUUUCAAACCCAAAACUUGUGUUGAGGUCCUAGAAAGGCGAAUAGAUAUAAGAGCUUUUUAAAUCAAUUGUAAAAAUAUUUUUUUUCACAAAACACUGUUUCCAUUGUGAAGAAAACGU